AAGGGAGGGUUUGGAUUGGUCUGAUGUCACUCAGCCCUAUUUAAAAGCCUCCUGUAGGCUCCUGAGAGCUGCGUGGAUGCAGCUGGGGGAAUGAGUUGUGGCUUUUUUUUUUUCCUUCCUUUUACAGACAGACCCAGACACAGCUGUUGCGCAAAAUGCCACCUCUACAGAAAAGCCCAAGCCUCAGACCUUUCAAGCAGAGGAAAAGUUUAGCAACCAGACAAGAGGAAGUUGCUGGAAUUCGGGCCAAGUUCCCAAAUAAGAUCCCGGUAAUAGUGGAGCGCUACCCAAGAGAGAAGCUCCUGCCUCUGCUGGACAAAACCAAGUUCCUGGUCCCCCAGGAGCUGACCAUGACCCAGUUCCUUAGCAUAAUCCGGAGCCGCAUGGUCCUGAGGGCCACCGAAGCCUUUUACCUGUUGGUGGACAACAAGAGCCUGGUCAGCAUGAACAUGACCAUGGCAGAGAUCUACCGGGACUACAAGGAUCAGGACGGCUUUGUCUAUAUGACCUACGCCUCCCAGGAGAUGUUUGGCUGCUUGGAGUCAGCGGUUCCCAGCAGCGGGAGCAACCAUGGGAACAGACCUGAAAUUCCCUCCAGCCCACCUCGGGAAGAAUUUGUCCUCUAAUGGCCGCAUCGGACACUGUCAGAGGGCUACUGCUGUUCCCCUGUGUACCUGUUGGGCGGGUGGGAAGCAGGGUUGCCUGGGGUAAUUGAUUCUACCCAGUGACUCCAAAGCUGUGGCCCUUUCUGGUUCACAUGCUCUGUGCUUCAUGUUCUUCCUUUCAAAAUAACAUGCACUGCUUGCACAAGCUUUGUAGACAGCCAGUCUCCUCUGAGUAUGACAUGGGGAGCUGCGGUCUUCAGAGGUGGAGUGGGGAGGCCCUUGAGAAGUUACUUUACUCCCCCCUACCUGUGGGCAGCUGUGGAGCAGCUUGGGCUUGUGGAGUCAAGUGUAGCCAGUGUGAACCAUAAUAAACUGACCUGGGAGU